GAUCUGUUCUGUGUAGAGGUCAGAUCUGUUCUGACCAAAUAAAGACAGGAAAUAAAAACCAGUGGGUAAAUUCAGGAAGAUUCUCACUGUUUGAUGACACCAAAUCAUCAGAGUUCUGGGUGAUGAUCAGAAACCUCACUGUACAGGACACUGGGAAAUACCAGUGUGGAGUUAAUAUAACUUCAGGGAAUGAUAUUAAGACAUCCCUGGAACUGAAGGUAAAGGAAGAUCUGUCUUAUGAGAAGUCCAUCAGUAAGACUGUCCAUGCAGGAGAAGAUUUGACUGUCAGCUGUAAAUACCCAGAAUCCCUCAAGAGUGACCCCAAGUUUGUCUGCAGGAGGCUGCAAACUGCUGCUUGUUCUUAUAAUACAUCUGUUAAAGAAAGUACAAAAUAUGUAAAAACUGGGAAAAAAACCUGUAUGAUGACAGAGAAAAACCAAAUCAUCAGUGUGAGUAUUAGAGAUGUAACUGAGCAGGACUCUGGUGAGUACUGGUGUGGAGCCGAGGUACCUUGGAGAUCUGAUCAUGGAUACAAAGUUUAUUUCACACGGAUCGACCUGACAGUCACUGAACUUUUUACUCCACGUGAUCCACGUGUCCCAGGUUCAAGUUCAAUACCCAUACAACCUUCAUCAUCAUCAUUAUCAUCAUCACUAACGUCAUCAUCGACAGCACCACAAUCAUCAGAAUCACCAUCAUCAUCAUCAUCAUCAUCAUCAUCAUCAUCAUCAGCUGACCUUACUCCAGCUUCUCCUCCAGCAGGAUUUCCAGCUUCCACUGUGAUCACAGUGACUGUAAUUAUGCUGCUGCAUCUGAUUGGAACCAUAAUCCUCAUUCUGACUCUACAAAACAGACACAAGAUGCAAGGUUCCUCUUGA